GGGCCGGAGGCAAAUCCCCUCCCUGUCCUUCUUGCUUCCUGCCCCAGGCCCCGAGCUGAGGACGGAGAGCCCGGAGGACAAAUCCCCCCGUGAGACCCUGGUGGGAGAGGCCGUUUUGAAGGGCUCCCCGGCGCAGGAAGGCAGCGGGGAGGAAAAGGGCCGGAGAUCCCCCCGCAGGAGGGGCUCCAAAGCCAUCCCAGGGUGCUCUGAGGAGGAAAGAGCCAGCCUGUGCUGGGAAGGGGGCCGGAGCUUGAGGCGGAGCUCUGACCUGGUGGUCCCUGAGCAGCCUCCCAGCAGGGAGAAGCCCUUCAGGUGCUUGGAAUGUGCGAAGAGCUUCAGGACAAGCACUGAACUAAUCCAACACCAGCACAUCCACACUGGAGAACAUCCCUACAUGUGUGGGGAAUGUGGAAAGAGCUUCAGGCACAGCUCCAGCCUGAUCCGACACCAGCAAAUCCACACUGGGGAACGGCGCUACACAUGUGGGGAAUGUGGGAAGAGCUUCAGGGACAGCUCCGACCUGAUCCGACACCACCAUAUCCACACUGGGGAAUGGCCAUACACAUGUGGGGAAUGUGGGAAGGGCUUCAGGAAGAGCUCCUGCCUCCUCUCCCACCAGCUCAUCCACACUGGGGAGUGUCCCUACACAUGUGGGGAAUGUGGGAUGAGCUUCAAGCAGAGCUCCACCCUCUGCCGCCACCAGAUGAUCCACACUGGGGAACGGCCCUACACAUGUGGGGAGUGUGGGAAGAGCUUCAACCAUCGCUCCACCCUAUUCACCCACCGGCUCAUCCACACUGGGGAACGGCCCUACACGUGUGGGGAAUGUGGGAAGAGCUUCUACCAGAGCUCCACCCUCCACAUCCACCAGCGCAUCCACACUGGAGAACGGCCCUACAAGUGCUUGGAAUGUGGGAAGAGGUUUCACACCAGCUCACAUCUCCUUGUGCACCAGCGGACGCACACGGAUGAGAGGCCCUUCCGCUGCACCGACUGCGGGAAGGGCUUCAAGCACAACUCCACCCUCGUCAGGCACCGGCGCAUCCACACAGGGGAGAGGCCCUACAAGUGUGGGGAGUGUGGGAAGAGCUUCACCCAGAGCUGUCACUUGACCAAACACCAACGGACCCACCAGUAAGGGAAGCCCUGUGAGUGCCCCGACUGCGGGAAGAGCUUCGGCUGUAGGACUGACACACAAAAAAGGUUUCAAAAGGUCUUCAGGAUUUUGAGUAUCUGCAUUCCAACAUCAGUUUAUUCUUUGGAAUAUGUGUAAGUUUAACCUCAUUUUAGUCUGAAAGCCAAAUUCACUACUACCCCAUUCCCUGAUAACCGUGGGCUGAUUCUGACAAGUGAGGCAGAAAUUACCCACUGCCCAGCAAAAACCAGUGGGGCCAGCCAGUGGUCUCUGCCCUGGCAGCCCAGUUUCCCCAGUCUCAUCUCAAAAUGACCAGUUACACUGAAGCAAAGAGCACUGGAACCAGUGCAACAAGCCUCGGUCUGACUUUCACACCUGCCCACGUGUC